UGACCCCCUUGACCGCCAUCAUGGUCCCGAAGCAGGCUCGCCCAGCUCGUCAUGGCCACUGCAGGCCUGCGUCUUUCAGGGUGAUUUGUCCACUUUGUCGGCUCAAAUGCGGGCCAGUUCGGAUAAGGCCAGUCUGGUGCGGACCGCCGACCCGCACGGAAAUACGGCGCUCCAUUUGGCCGUCAUGUUGGGCAAGAAGGAGAUGGUGCAUUUGUUGUUGGCGCACGCCGCUCCCGUUAAGAUCAAAAACAAAUUGGGCUGGAGCCCAUUGGCCGAAGCCAUCAGUUACGGCGACCGUCAAACAAUAUCAAUCUUGUUACGGAAGCUCAAGUCUCAAGCCAAAGAGCAGCUCAAGACUCGCAAACCCGACAUGAUUGCGGCUCUCAAGAAGUUGGGGGACUACGUGGUCGAUCUCCGAUGGGAUUUCACGAGCUGGAUACCCCUGGUCUCGAAGAUGCUCCCCUCGGACAUUUGCAAGAUCUCCAAGAAAGGUGCUUGUGUGCGUUUGGACACGACCUUGGUGGACUUCACGGAGAUGCAUUGGGAGCGUGGAGACAUCACGUUCUUGUAUCGCGGUGAUGCGAGUAGUCCGGAUGUGUCGCUCUUUGUGCUCGACAACAAGCUCAAGGUCUAUCAACGGGUACGAACGGAAGAGUCCGAGAUGGAGUUCGAGGAGGAAGUGGACCUUCUCAUGUCUGGUGAUAUCAUUUCCGCCCAAAUCUCGACCAAACCCAUCAAUUUUACCAAAGCCCAGUCCGGCUGGUUCUUCAAAGAAGAUCGUCACGAAAUGGUGGGCACCUACAACGCGACUUUUUACUCAAUCAAUGGCAUUUCGCUUGAAACCCGGAAACGUCGGGAACACCUCUCGAAUGAGGACCUUCAGAAGAACAAGGCUCUCCUUGAGAACUUUGCUAAAGGCAAUGUGGACCAACAAGAAGGUGAGGAAUACCCUCGCAAAGAAUCCCUCCCCCCCGCCCAGACUGAAGUCAGUUGGAAGGAUUACAUUGAAGCUCCUCCGGGACAGUUUCCCAAUCUUGGACGGAAGCAGUUGUGCAAAGAAUCGUCCAAGGCCUUCAAGGCCACCGUGGCCAUGAGUGAGGAUUUCCCUCUGACCGUGGACAUGUUACUGAACAUUCUUGAGAUCAUCGCGCCGCAAUUCAAGCAUUUCCAAAAACUCCGGGAUUUCGUGGAGAUGAAGUUGCCUCCGGGUUUCCCGGUCAAAGUAGACAUUCCCGUCCUGCCGACCGUUUCGGCUCGAGUCACAUUCCAAGAUUUUGCUUGGGAUGACAAACUUGAGGAUUCAUUGUUCGAGAUCCCCAAAGGAUAUGUCGAAGAUCCCACGCGGUUCCCGGAUUUGUGACGUUACCACGACAUAGAGCUCUUGACAGUCCAAGACAGACAUCCGUGGAUCAUCAAGAAAACCAAAGGUAUGGCCAUGGAAGUGAAAA